AACAUCCAACCAUCAAACUUAAUCUCUUUCACUUAAACAAUCUGUGCUUUCAAUCCCUCCAAAAGACUACUACUCUUCUACUUGUCUGAGAUCAUGGGUUUCCGUUUGCCAGUUUUUGUUCAAGCCAAGCAGGUGAUUCGUCGAGCCUUGUCAUCUCCGAUGUCCUCUGAUGUCCCCAAAGGAUAUCUCGCAGUAUAUAUCGGAGAAACAGAAAGGAAGCGCUGCAUAGUCCCAGUUGCAUACUUGAAGCAUCCGUUUUUCCAAAGUUUGCUAAGCAAGGCAGAAGAAGAGUUUGGGUUUGAUCACCCAAUGGGUGGUCUUACAAUUCCCUGCACAGAAGAAGAUUUCAUUGAUAUCACCCGCAGCUUGAACUGUUGAUGAAGUGCAACGAUGACACGACUUAAAUGAGAGUUUUAACACAACUAACUAAAUACCCACCAUUCAACUGUACUGUAAUUAUAUUGAUAGUCAAAUACAAUAUAGAUCCAUGUAUACACUUCCUUUACAUGAAAAUAUUAGAAUUUUGAAUA